UCAAAAAAUUUAUUUACUUUGCCAGAUUAUGUGGUAUUUAUUAUAAUGUUGUUAGUAUGUAUUUUAAUUGGAAUAUAUUUUGGAUUUUAUAAAGUACCCAAAAAUGUUAGAGAAUAUUUAAUUGGAGAUGAAAAUAUGACAAUAUGGCCAGUUGCAAUUUCACUUGUUGUCAGUUACAUUUCUGCCAUAACAUUUUUGGGAUUACCUGCUGAAGUUUAUGUAUUUGGUAUACAAUAUUUUUACAUAGAAUUAAACGAUAUAUUCGUGGGAUUUAUUGGUAAUUACAUAUAUUUACCAGUUUUUAUGGAUUUAAAAUUAACUUCGACUUAUGAGUACUUAGAAAGGCGAUUUGAUAAAUCUUUACGACGACUUGGAUCUUUUUUAUAUAUUUUUGAUCAGAUUCUAUGGCUGCCACUUGUAAUAUAUGUACCAGCGUUGGCUCUCAAUCAUGUUACUGGAAUAAAAACGAACAUCAUAACACUACUUGUUUGCGGAGUUUGUAUUUUCUAUACUUGCUUGGGUGGAAUUCGUGCUGUAAUAUGGACUGAUUUUCUGCAAGCUUUUUUUAUGAUAAGUUCAAUGUUAUUGGUGUUAGUAAAAGCGACAUGGAACAUUGGAGGAUUUGGUACAGUAAUUGAACGUAAUGUAGCCACUGGAAGAUUACAUUUUCCAGACAUAGAAUUAAGUUUAACCAAACGAUUAACAUUACCUACUAUGAUAUUUGGAGGAACAUUUUCUCUCGUCAAUGAUGGAAUUCUUAAACAGUCGAGGACGCAAAGAUACGUUGCCUUACCUACCAUAAACGAAGCGAAAACAGCAUUUUGGUUAUUUUUAUUAUUUAAAGCUAUUUUUAUUGGAUUAUGUACUUACGCAGGUCUGAUUAUUUUUGCAACUUAUUUAAAUUGUGAUCCUGUUACAACGAACAUUGUGUCAGCAAAAGAUCAACUUCUACCACUACUUGUUGUUGAUUCAUUAAAAGAUUUCCCUGGGGCAUCUGGAUUAUUUUUAGCUGGGGUUUUAAGUGCUUCACUGAGUUCUUUAUCAGGCAGCUUAAACUCAUUGGCAGCUGUGUUUUUGGAGGAUUGCUUUAAGCCCAUUUUUAAGCAAUUAACACCAAAACAGGAACAAGCUAUUGUAAAAAUUGUAGUUUUUGUAAUUGGAAUUCUGACACUUGGAUUAGCUUCUACGGUAGCCAAAUUAGGUCAAAUACUUCAAUUACGCGUUGCUCUGGGUUCAGUUUCUACCGGUCCUUUACUUGGUGUGUUUACUUUGGGUAUCAUAUUCCCAUGGGCAAAUGCAAAGGGAGCAUUCUACGCCGGUUUAAGUGGACUAUUGUUUAUGAGUUGGAUUUGUUUUGGGGCUCAAUCAAUGUUAGCAUCGGGAAGAAUACGUUAUCCAGUUAAACCUGUUUUUACUGAUGGAUGUUCGUUUAAUAUUACAGAAACUUUAAGUACAACUCAGUCAAUAAAUGAUUACGAUGAAACGAAAGUAUUUUUCAUGUAUCGAAUAACUUUUAUGUUAUAUACCGCAAUUGGUACAAUAUUUACAAUAAUCCUUGGUUUAAUAAUUAGUUACUUUACUGGUUUUAAUAAAAUUGAAAAUGUGGAUCCUCUAUAUUUAGCACCGUUUGUAAGAUCAAAAAAUAUUCAAAAUAAUCCAACAGAAAAGAAACGGUAUUUAAAACAGAAUGACGAUUCAAACGUACGCCUGGAAGAGGCUGUUGAGUUAUUAAAUAAAAGAAAAGACUGAACAAAAAAAUUAAAAAAUUAUUUUUUG